AUGCUGAUUAUAGACAACCAGCCGGUUCCGCGCAAUCUCGCGGGCACGGCGCUGCUCCGUUACCUCCUCACGCAUCCGAGCCUCGUCGCUGGCUCGGAUGAGUUCUUUCACCGAACCGGCCGCUCAGGCUCGGAAGCCGGUCCUGUCCCUGGUCCAUUCCGUGCUAAGCACGAUGAAUUCGAGAAUCUUGCGCGGCCGGCAUGCGGUAGCGACGAUCGUUUGUCCGACAGUCAUGCUGCCGGCCAGACGGCAUCACAGUCAACCCUCAGCACCCCACCGGCAACUCUUCCCUCCCCCACCACUCCUUCCGCGCAUCUUGGCGCAAACCCUGGGGGAUCACGCUCCCCCAGUUUGGCUGCCGCGCGUGCAGCGGAAAAGCUGAGAUGCGCGGAGGCGCAAGGAGGCGCAGGUGAGGGGGAAGUGGGGAACCUGCGGAACGCAGGUGGCCGUGACGGCGCCGCGUGUAACGGCGGCGUUAACGGUAGCGGGAUCUCGGUGUGCCGAGGGCGGGAGGGCGGAGGGGGCGAGUGGAUGCGCCGGCAGCGGGACCUGCUGGGCGGCGCGGGGAGCCGCUCUCUCGGCGCUCCACGUGGCGAGGAAUCUACUGCUGACACGUGUGAUGCUGGCAGUGAUGCGCUUCCCCGCGCGAUUUGGCGCAGUUUGAGUGCGAGUGUGCUUAAAGCGCGUGAUGCUGCAGCGGGGAUAACUGGUGGAUAUACUGUUGGUAGCGGGGCUGCUGGUAACGGUGCUGCUGGUAGCACUGCUGACGGUGAGCGCAAUGCCGCGCUGCCGCUGGAGACGGCCACGCCUCCGCGUGCCUCCACUCGUGCAGGCGAAGAAUGCGCGGCAGGGGCGGCAGGAGAAGCAGUAGCGGCAGCACCAGCGGAGGAAGCGGCACGGAAUGCGGAAUGCGGCUUGUUCGAUCGGCUAAAGUGGCACGGAGAUGGGGACGGAGCGCGCAAGCUUGGACCGGGGGAAGGGGCGCGCGCGCAACUAGAGGGGGGCGGUGGGGCGGGAGAUUGCGGGAAAGAGGGCGCAAGGAAGGCGGACGGGGGUGAGGCGCAGCAGGGACGGCCGGAGCGGCUGGUGUACGUGGCGCAAGCUGAGGUGGCAACUGCUGACGUGGACCUGGUUGACGUCAUAGGCACGGACGAGAUGACGACGUGUGUGGCGGUGGCGCUGCGCCAUCCGCGCACGGGGCGCACGGCUCUGGCGCACGUGGACGCGUCGCUCUGCGCAGCAUGGCAUGGUGCCGCAGGCGCAUGCUCCCCUGUGGGGACUGGCAUGCUCCCAUCGCAUGCUCCCCUGUGGGGACUGGCAUGCGUGCGCGCGUGCAAAGCCAUUCCUCGUUGCUCGUUGCUUCCCUCUGCCGCGCUUUACCCUCGCUCGUUCGCGAUCCACUGCCAUGCCUCUGCACUGCAUCCCCUCUCUCCCUCUCCUCCCUGCCGGCCUAUCCCCGCUUCUCCCUGCCUCUCAUUUCCUCUCCCCGCUUCUCCCUGCCUCUCAUUUCCUAUCCCCGCUUCUCCCUGCCUCUCAUCUCCUCUCCCCGUCCUGCCCCCCUCUGCCCAUCCGGCCGUGCCUCUCUGUACCCCCCGUGCCCCCCCCCCUCAGGUGCACGUGGUGGGCGCGUUUGACGACGACCCGGGGCACACAGAGAGCAUCCACGCCGCGUGGGAGAAGGAGCAGGAGAGGCAGGAGCAGGAGCGCGUGCGGCAUGAGGAAUCCCAAGAGCAGCAGCAGGGUUACCAGGGAGGGAGCAGCAGCGGGCGGCAGUCAGGGUGCAAGCGCAGGCGAGCCCUUAGCCCUGCAGCCAGUGGCGACAGGGGCAUGCGCGCAGGGCGAGGAGCGGAAGUAGAAGCAGGAGCAGGAGAGGGAGGUGCACAUGGCAGCGCCUGGUCACACGGCAACCCAUCAAGCCCUGCAGCAACAGCAUCGCCAUGCCAAGGCACUGCACCCAUGCAUGCCUUGCACCUGGAUGGCACCCCACACCACCACCACACGCCACUGCACCUCUCCUCCCCUCCACUGCACCUUCCGCCGUCGUCUCUGCUUCCUCCGCUUCCCACCGCCACCCCGAACAGCCUGUACUACAGCCUUUCCCGCGCGGACAACGCCCCCUUCGCCCCUCCUCUCCCCGCGGGCACGUCACUCCCAUUAGCCUGCGCGCUGGUGACGGCGCUGCACGCGCUCCCGCGCCCCUUCCGCCUCUGCACGCUCGCGCUCCUCCCCCUCAAUACCACGUGGGACCCCUCCCGCCGCGCCCCUGUGCCCCGCACGCGCGGACUGGCGGUCCACGUGGCGUCUGGGGAAGCCUCCCCGCGCGUAUUCACCCCAGAAGAGCGCGGGCCUGAUGCUGUGCUGCGCUCCGUGCUGCUCUUCUUUGGGGAAGGGGGCGAGGCGGAGGAGGGGAAGGGGGAAGCGGAAGGUGAGGCGGGUGGGUGGUGGGGAGGGGGGUCGGGGGAGGAGGAGCGGUUGGUGGCGGAGGGGCGCGAGGGGGGAGAGGGGGAGGGGCGGGAGGGGCGCUGUGAGGGCAGUGUGUGUACGCCUGAGAAAGGGCGGCCUGUUGAUGCUGCUGCACGCACUGGUGGUGGCACUCCGGCUAGCGGCGAUACUGGCAGCACACACGCACACAGCACUCCCUCCUCCUCCCCUCUCAUUCCCUCCUCUCUCUCCUCCUCCUCCCCUUCCCCACUCCUUUCCUCCUCCUCGUUCUCCCCUCUCCUUUCCUCUUGGCCGUCUCCCUCCCUACCGCCGCUCGCAUCCUCCCCUACUCUGCUCUCCACCCUCCCACCCGCCGCGCUGGCACCGCUCUGCACCGCUCUGUGCGGUCCACUCUGUCCCCAGGGCCGCCUUACCCGCUUCUACGACACUCAAAUUGACAGAUUCGUGCUGCCGCCCACCAGGCUGAUGGACGCGGCAGCACUGGCGCGGCAGCGGCUGAGCAUGACGGAUCACGAGCUGCUGCACGCCAACUCCACGUCGCCACUGGCUGAGGGACCCGACUUCCUGCCCUUCAUCCGCAGCUGCUACCGCCUGCUAGCCCAGUCACCAGACACCGACACGCUCUUUCCCAGCGGAGCUCCCCGCGUCUUCACGCGCGACCCCACCUCCCAGCGCUGGCAGCGUGCACCUCCCCCAUUGCCCCCGCGCACGCCGCUCAUGCUGUACCGCGCGUACCGCUCGCGCCACCUGCACUCGCUCUCCUCGCUGCUCUGCUCCCUGCCCUGCUGGCCCUGGCUCUGA